AUGUUCACAAUAUGUGAUCCAGCUGCUGCUUCCCAAGGUUGUGACCUUGCGGUUCUUCCUGAAUACCACCUCACUUCAUGGGUUCCGGAUGCACCUGAAUUCCUUUCACUGUGUCACCACGAUGUUACAAACAAAUACCUCUCCGGAUAUCAAUCUCUUGCCGCCGAACUCAAAAUAUCUAUCGUUCCAGGAACUAUCUGUACUGUCCACCCCGAGUCGUCAUUACUCCACAAUACGGCUCACUUCAUUUCUCCGGAAGGGAAAAUCCUUUCUUCCUACACCAAAAAGAAUCUCUGGCAUCCCGAGCGCCCACACCUAACGUCAUCAACUCAUGACCCACACACUAGUUUUGAAACUUCUUUUGGUAAAGUGGGCAUGCUUAUAUGCUGGGACGCCGCAUUCCCCGAAGCGUUCCGCGAGCUCGUCUCUCAAGGCGCAAAACUCAUCAUCAUUCCCACAUUCUGGACUCUUAGCGACUGUACACCCGCCGGAUUGUCACGUAAUCCGCUUUCCGAAGAAUUGUUUGUUCAAUCUACGUUAGUAUCCAGAGCAUUUGAGAAUACGUGCGGAAUUGUAUUCUGCAAUGCUGGAGCACCGAAAGGAAAGGGCAAGGAAGAUUCUGGAUUUUUGGGCAUCAGUCAAGUUACAGUGCCGUUUCAAGGAGCUCUGGGUAAGAUGGGGCGAGAGGAGGGAAUGAACGUUGUAGAGGUGGAUAUGCAGAUAUUGGAGGAUGCGGAAGCAGCGUAUAAGGUGCGCAUGGACAUGGGAGGGGAGGACUGGCAUUACGCGCAUACGUUGAAGAGAGAGAAUAGUAACGACGAAAGCAAGUUGUGA